AUGGAGGCAUUGCUCGGCGCCGGUCAGUCGAACCCGUCCUGCGGGUCGAUUGGCGACCUUCAGGUUCAGCUUCGAGACCUCCUCAGCAGCCGUGUCACUGAGACGAGGGCCGACCAUAUAUCGGUGACAACUGAAAUUCGCGCAACCGCCGUCUUCGACAUCCCAGUCACCGACACAGAAAACGAGGCGUUUGAGAACUGGUCGAGCAUUGAUCCGCUUCUGGGCGGAGCAAGGUCUAGCGUCGCGCCGCCUGCGGUCAACGGAAAUGGAGGGCCGCCAUCGCGACGAGUCAAUGCUAUUGACACAUUGAUCAACCAACCAUUAGAUGACCCUGUCCUACAGACGUCGGUCACCGGGCACAUCAUAGCCUCACUGGGCAAAGUAGACGGAAGUAUUUGGACGGUGCGCCAGAUCUCCCGCAAUGAGCAGGGCUGGACCUUCACCUACAUCUGCAAAGACUCGUGGCAGGCAUGGAGUCGUCAAGUCUCCAAGAACCCCGCGAAGACAGCCAUUGGAGAAUGGAGCGACAAGAGUGGGCAGGAUCCGAUUCACAUGGGCAGGUUUUUCUCUGCCACUCGCCCGGCCUUUGAUUGCCGAGGGUUUGUGAAGGUCGCCUUCGUAAAAUCGACCAAGACCAUUGACGUGAGAUACGAACACACGCCUAUGCACAAGACGGUCGCCCAACUGAUCGAACUUCUUGCGCCGCCCCCAGUCGCGCCGAUGGUGAAAACUUCAAUGAAGAAGCCAAGGGAGCCGAGACCGCCAAAGGAGCCAAAGGCGCCCAAGGAGCUGAAGCCGAAGACACCGAAAUCUUUAAAGAAUCGAGCAGGAGAGAACAUGGUGGUGGACGGCGACAACUCGCAGCCGAAGAAGAAGCGCAAGAAGAAGGAUUCUUUGGCCCUAGCUGUCAUGGCCGGCACUGUGCUGCCUCCAGAGAUGCCAGGCGCAUUGCCCGUAGGCGAUGCUUCGGCCCGGCAGCUGUACAAUACCCAAACUGGGGCUGCUGGAGGUGCCCAACCGGGUGGUUCGAGCGGCUACCCUGACGGCUUGGUAAACGCUACCGGUGAUGAGGUGGCGCCAUCCACCAACAGCGAUGCGCAUCCUCACUCAAUCCUGAAUCUGCCUGCGGGAGAGGCCGCGAGACGGCGGGACUUCGCAAUCAAGCUUCUCACAGACAGUAACAUCGAUCCGAAGACGCUGUCCCCCGAGCAGUUCAACAUCUUUGCCAACCAGUCGCUCGAAUUACAGCAAGACUCUCUGGCUAUGCUGAUCAAAUACGGUGCGGAGAGGCUGCGGAUCGUGCAUCCGAGUAAAGAGGGAUCGAACUCCGGCCAGUCAACUCCCACCAAGAACACUGCUCCAGGGCCUCCAGGAGGCACACCACAGUCGGCGAAGCCCAAGAAGCCGAGGAAGCAAAAGGCCGAGGUCAAAGGCGCAGGAAUCGGUGAGGCACCAAGUCCCGAGGCAGAAGAAGUGAAGCAAAGGCGGCGCAUAUGUGAAAACUGCCUUAUCAAGAAGUACAAGGGCAAGUGUGACAAGGCGAGGCCGUCUUGCUCUGUCUGUCUCGAAGAAGGCGUUGCUUGUGUCUACGCACCGUCGAGGCCCCGACAGAGCAAAGUUGCAGAGGCAGAGGCAGUGCCGGUAUCAACCGCCCCGGAACAGGCCAAUGCACAGAUGCCGAACGAAGAGCCAGAUGAUCUGGGAUCACCAGGAUUUCACACAGAGACUGCCGAACAGCCGAUUCUGGAGCCGGUUCAGAUCCAGGAGCAGUUCCAUGCACAUGAGCAUCAGACGGCAAACGCGCCAGUUUCGGAAACCACGGCCCUCGAGGCCGAAACACCUUCGGCCGUGUUCAAUCAGACUCACGGCAUCUAUCAGCAUCCAUUCGGACUAAGCUUCCCCCAGGCCGCUGAGACCUUGGUGCACGGCUACAGUUACCUCGUUCCUCCCACGAGCACUGAACAGUCGAGCAUUGCCGCCGAAUCCGGCCAGCGUGGGAGCUCGGGAGGCCAGCCGUCAACGUCCAGACGCAGCCUCCCGGCCGGCCAAUCUUCUCACGCAACCGGAGUGAGCGAUACUACCAUGGGCGCCCAAAAUAGUUGGCAGACCAUGUCCGCGAACCCAACUCAAGCUACCUCCGCGACGAGAAUCUCGCCGGGGCAGUCCAGGGCAAAGAAACCCGUCCCUGUCUCGCAGGCGUACGAUGAUGUGCGGCAACAGCAAGCUUCAAGUUGCACGAGUGCAAGCCAGUCUGUUUCUCAGGCAUCCCAGCCUCCCCGCGGCUCGCCAUCGCAAACUGCUGCUCAGCCUGCUCGCGCCACAUCGCGGCAAGGCAACCGGGGCCAAAGUCAUCCCCCCGUGAAUAGCGUGUCGGCAGCGCCACAAGUUCAGUCUGAAGGGACGCAGCCGAUCGCCGAUAAUAACACCGAAUAUACGCCUAAUGCUGCGGCCCAGGAGUCGGGCUCGGCGCAGAGCUACAGUCAAUAUAGCCAGUAUCAGGGUGGAAACACUCAGGCCGACUCGUCCAGCGACCGCCUCGCGUACCAACCAUACUCCAGUAAUCAAAUCGCAACCCAAACCCAACCAACCUCUUACUCCUCGUUUGACAAUUACAACACUCGCCUGCCGAAUACUGCAACACCGUCCCUCGCGACACCGGGGACCCAGAAUAUCGCCUCAUCUUACCCGGCAAAUUCGGGGGCGGCGUCGGACAGGGCCCAGUGGGGAAGCUCGACCGCAACGGCUCAAGCCCGAAACACCCAGGCUUACAACGCCAUGCAGCCGGCGUCGGGCACCGGUUAUAACACAUCCUCCAACGCUCCGCAAUCACAGUCGCUGCAGGGGCUUAGCGUGACGCCUCAGCCGCCGACGGCAAGGAGCUCGCCGACUGCGUUCAGCCAACAACUGCAGCAGCAACAGCAUCAACAGCACCAACAGCACCAACAGGAACACAAGCAGCAGCACCAGCAGCAGGGGCAAAACCACCAGCAGCCGAGCUACAAUGGAUACAUGAGCCAACCGGCACAGCAAGACAACAGCAGCACGCAGCAAACCUGGGGUUACGGCUUUGGGACAGGGAGCAACCCCUCCUCGGGCUACGGCUCGACGGCAGGUACCAGCGCUAGCAACGCCUACCCGUCGUCUGCCACGGCGUCACAUGGUCAUGGGCAUCAAGCCCACCAGACGCAGGCUCACAGGCCCAUGAAUCUGUCCAGCCACACGUACAGCAGCAUGGACCAUGACCAGGCGCUGUAUGACCUGCUUCGGAACAGCCAGACUGGGUAG